UUUUCCACUAUCUCAUCUUCCAGUGGUCUCUACGAAACAACUCAAGCCCAACGGUCGGCGGUGGAACGACAAAGGACGGCUGGACCGAUACGGAAAAGGAGCACGAUGAGCUGAUAAUGCUCUCGGAGCGAUCCGACUCCGGUGUCACCUCACCCAACAGCCAUCACCAUCUGGAGGACCAGCAGAGCGGCGUACCGUCGCCGUGCGAUCUCUCCCUGCUGGAUCAAAUUCCGACGGACGAUGUGCGCAAGCGGCUCAUCGCCAUGACCAAGCGCACGUGCUACGACGAGGAGGACAAGCUGUGUCUGCUCCAGAUCCUGUCGCUGCUGAACAAUCUCGAGGCCCUGUCGCAGGACCAUGAGAUUGCCGGCGACGACAUGAGCCUGGAGUCGCCCAUCCAAAAGUACAACUAUAGCCUCCCGGACAGCAGCACACCGCCGAGGGCGCUGCUGCAUUCGGCCGCGGCCGCUGUGAUGAAUAGCUCCACGCCGUUCAAGGCUGCCGGUGGCAAGAUUGUCGCUACCGUGCAGCCGUUCCACAGCUCGGACCAGCAUGCGGCCGCGCCCGUACCGCCACCGAAAGCACCCUCGAUUGCCUCGAUCGCGGAAACGUUCGGUGGCAUGAAGAAAUCGUCGCGCUGGAACAACGCCACCAGCUUGCAGGAGAGCGGCGUGUUUGUGGACGAACCGUGCACUCACGUUUCCACCCAGACGGAAGCGGACGACUUCCCGGCGCUGGAAAAGACGAACGCCGAGCUGUGUGCCGAGAUAGAGAAGCUGAAUCGAUUCCGGGAGAAGAUCGAGGAGUGCAAGGGCGUAGCGGUGGCAGCUGUUUGCAAAACGCCCAGCAAGGGUUCGAUGCUGGCGCUGAACAUACCGCCCCCGACCGGGGAUGAAGCGUGCGACCGGCGCCGACUGCAGUUCUACGUCGAGCGGGCGGAGAUGCUGGAGAACAAGCUGAAGGUGUACGAGAGCAGCGGCGACCAGCAGCUGCGCCAGCUGGCGCAGCGAUUGCAGCGCGAGGUACAGCUGGAAGGUUGGGUGAAGGAGCUGUCGGAGAAGCUCGGCCGCGUGGAGCUGGAAAACGAGCGACUGGAGGAGGAACGCUGCGAGCUGGAGGAGAUCGAGAACGACACCCGGUUGCGGUUGCAGCGGCUGGAGGAAGAUCUGGAAGUCAUGGGCCAGCGGAACGAGGAGCUGGAAAUGUCGCGCAGCUCGUACCAGUCCAAGUACCAGGACGCGAAGGAAAACAUCGACAGCCUGGAGGAGCUGAUUCACAAGUACGAGGAGAAGAUCUUCCUGCUGGAGGAGAACGAAAACGAGCUGCGGGAGAAGAUCGAGAUCAUUUACAUGUUCAUACCGAUGCUGCUGCUCUACAACAGCUGGCAGCUGCACGAACAGUUCAAGCAGCACCAGGCAGCAACGCUGACACAGCAGCAGAAACAGUCCCGACCGCCGACGCUAUCCUACGCCGAGUCGCACGCCAUCCAGUGCAUUCCCACUGACCACAUCGACUACUACGAUAGUGGCAGCUCGCAGGCGGACGAUCUGCAGAACCGGCUGAGCGAGCUGAUGAGCCGCGAAAAGGAGCUGACGCAGAACAUUGCCGAGCUGAACCGGGCGUACAACGAAACGCUCGAAAAUGCGGACAAUCUGUGGGCACAGAUGGAGCGCGAGUACAGAAAGAUCAGCCGGUGCGAGCAGGAGGAGGCCACCCUCAAGUCCAAGAUCGCCCAGCUCGAGGAGCGGCUGAGCAAGGACAGUGAGUACGCGAGCGAGCGAAUUGCACACCUCGAGGAAGCGGAAAGCAGCCUCAAGAGUCGCGUCAGCCGGCUGGGAAAGGAGAACAAGGAGCUCUCCGCUAAGCAUGGUGCGCUGGUGGAGGAGUACGGCACGCUCAAGGACGAUUAUGCCAAGCUGCAGAACUACCUGCGCGGACCGGCUGCGGAAGCGCUGGAGCGCGAGAAGAAGCGUGUGCUGGCGCUGGAAGACGAGCUGGCGCACACCGAACAGAUGCUGCGCGAUGGCGAAGAAUCGCACCGUGCCGAGGUGGGCUCACUGCGCGGUCGUUUGCUCAACUCGACCAAGGAGCUGAACCACAUCGAGGUGACGAACAGUGAGCUGCGCGAGGAGGUAGAAACGCUUGAGGGACGCAUCCGCGAGCUGAUGUCGCAGCGUGGCAGUGACGAGGAGCGCAUCAAGCAGCUGACGGAAGAGCUGGAAGCGAAGCAGUCGCAAAUUGUUGCACUCCAACACGCACGCAAGGCUGGUGGACCCGGUACCGGUAGUAGCCGGGCAACGGUUGGACGCAGCUUGGCACAGGAGCUCGAGCGUCCGCUCAAGGGUACCUACACACGCCACGGCUACGAGGUGCAUCCACUGGGCAGGAAGUUUCCCGACAGCGACAGCAGUGGCAGCGGUAGCGAGGAUCGAAGCAAGUUUCCGCACACGAGACCAUCGGCAUUUGAAACCAAAGAAGUGAAGAGCCUUGCGGAGACGAUCAUUCUGAAUGCCGAAAGCAGGGGAAUGAAGACGCCAAAGAAAUCGUUUGUUGAGGAGAUGAACUGAUACAAACCGCCACCCGGAUAUGCGAUCCCGCAACAGGCGCAGGAAAUCUGAAGUGAAACUCCUUCAGCCCAGCAUCACCAGCAGCAGGACAAUCGGUAACACUCUCCGCCGUUUUUUUAAUGCUCUAGGACGUCCGAUAUCGGAGCCGAAACAAAUCUUCAUCAAGCACUCCUUCCUGCAGCUUCUGGUCGGCCAUUUUACCACCUCCCAGUGCAAAGGUGGACUCGAACAUGCGUCGCCAAGGCAGAAGCGCGCCGGCAGAAGGGCCCGGAAAUGAGGAGAAGAAAAAAUCUAGUCGUUGUUUUUGUUGAAUGUGUUUAUUUUUGAGGUACUAUAAAACAAAGUAGUGUUAGACGUUAGCAAUGAAAGCUGCAGCAGUAACGACUGCAGAAGAUAGGCGGUACAAAGGCGAUCGUUCGAUCGUAGUGCGUUACUGGCAUGGCUGCUCUUGUGUAGAGAGCCUGGUGUUUGCCCAUGGCAACGGAUCGACAAUGCAUGCGCACACCAUUCAAUUACGAUGUACUCCCAUAACCAGACUCUGUAAUAUAGACUGAACAGUAGUAGAUGGUUGGCAGCAGUUGACAGCUUUUAGAUCGUAUCGUUUUUUUUAAUAAUUAAACUCUAGUUUGAGCGUUCAUGUUCGUUGCGUUUACAGUUUGAAUGAUAAGUUCUCAGCUUAAGCGAGUUAGUUUUGCUAAGCUUUUUGUUUGCCUUUCAUCCAAACCACCUACGGAAGAGCUUCAGUUUGCAGUUAGUAAAUAUUGGUUCGUAUUUUGUAUAAUUUUGCCCAUUUCUGUAUGAUUGUGAGUUGCUUUUAGAGUUUUUGAUUUAAUUUUACCAUUCGUUUGUGUACAGUAUGCUUGCGUUAGUUUGUGUUUUUUGUAACAUAUUUUAUGAUAUCCGAUGGGUUGGCUGGUAAAUGUCGUCCUUCCCACGGGAAGGACAGUCCGAUGGCUAGUAGUUCUUUGUGCUAUUCUAUAUACGACUAUAACGGUUGAAACAAAAUAAGCAGUUAUUUUUCGUGGCGAGCCAUGCAAGCGAGCAAUGAUCCGUCAACCGACCCGGUCGGUAUUAUCGGUCAUGGUGCUUUUGAAUCGAUUUUGUGCCUUCAGCAUCGAUUGAAGGAUCGAUCCUUAGUACGUUCGUUCCCCGAAACGGGAACUGGUAAACGAUCAGUACCAGCUACCUGCGUUCCACCGGGACGCAGUGCGAACUUGUGAGCUUCCAGGGUAUUAUUUAAACGUGUUACUACAAACUGAUAUGUAUGUCCCACAUUAAUCAAUUGUUCAGGUUUUGUAUAAAGUGAACAUGUAGAGACAGUGAGUGAGUUGGAAAGCGAGAAAGUGGAGAAAGAAUGAGUGAGAAGCAGAGAAAAAGAAAGAAAAUAAUAAACAAAUAUACGCCGUAGUUGUGGUAGUGAACAAUUAUAA